AUGUUAUCCCAGCUAUCCCUGAUAUGUGCGCUGGUGAUGAACCUGUGCUGCGUGUGUGGGAUUGUCGGGAAUUUGCUGUCCAUCUACAUCUAUUCUCGGCCGGCAUUCAAAAAACGAUCGAUCAAUGUGCUGCUCCUUGCCUUGUCGUGUGCUGAUUUUGCUGUUUGUGUUCUGGCGAUACCCGUGUUUUCGAUUAGCCAGAUGCAGGAAUUGAUUCCAGGUUGCCAAGCUGCGAUUGGCACCGUCAUGCUCUAUUUUUAUCCUAUUACUUUGAUGUUUCAGGCAAUGUCCGUUUGGCUUCUCGUGUUCAUCACCGUCGAUCGAUAUCUGGCGGUUUGCCAUCCGUUCAUGGUGCAAACGUACUGCACGAGAAGUCGUGCUCUCUUCACCGUUGCUUGCAUCAUUGUGUUCUCAGUUGUGUAUAAUUUUUGUCGAUUUUGGGAGUAUCGGCUGUUAGAUUGUACAGUGGAGAAGCUAAAAAUCGACCAGAUCCUCGAUCCGAUGUUGCGUAAAAAUGAGGCGUAUAUGUUAUGGUAUCAAACUGUAAUUACGUUAAUUUCGCAGUUCGUAAUUCCGUUUGCUGUUCUUUGUUUAUUGAAUCUACAGGUGGCAAGGACGAUCUUGGCUGCUGGUGAGCAACGUCGUCAGCUUGUAGCUAGCGAGAAGCGGGAGCAUUCAACAGCCAAAAUGAUGUUAUUUGUGGUGAUCGUAUUCCUCUUCUGCUACACAUUCAGCUUCAUCCUAAACGUCGCCGAAACAAUAGACCAUGAGCUAUUCAUGGGUCCACUCGGUUUCCUCCUCAACGAUAUCAAUAAUAUUCUUAUCGUCGUGAAUUCAUCGACGAGUUUUGUCUUCUACGUUACGUAUUCUACCCGAUACCGAGCUGAGCUGCAAAAAAUUUGUGCUAUCCGGCUUUUCAUGGAAAAUGUGUUGGAUGUCAAGUCGCGGCGAUCAGCGAGCGGAGAUUUCUCGACGAUGUCGUUGCCCUACCGCCAAAACCUGUUGACUGCAGAAAGCGAUACGAAGCCUACCAGCGAGGCAAAAGACGUC